AUGGCCAAGGAGGGCAAGGACCUUCGAGGAAUCCCUCCAAUUCCUGAGCAUGAUGUCAGUCCUGCCGAGGAGGACCACCGUCUGGAGGAGGAAGUCCAAGACGUUUUCUCCUGGCCAGAGGAGGAGGAAGGGGCGCCUGAGAUAUCAUCCACCUUGGAUACCGUGACCGUGGAAGUUGAAGAGGAGGAGGAAGGGGGUCUGUGGGAUGAAGAGGCCUUGCGAACGACUGUCAAACAGCUGGAAAGCCCUGUACCUCAAACCGUCCUUCGUUUUGUCCGCCCGAUUCCCUCGAAACACUUCACGGCCAUCCUGCCUGCCAUCCACUCCAUCAUCUCCGAAAUAGAGCGCAUCGGUCUACCCGUUCGUUCUUUGCACACCGACCAAGGAAGAGAAUUCCUCUCCGAAGGGUUGAAGGAAUGGUGUUCUAAGCGCUCCAUCCGUGUGAGUAUGUCCGAGCCUCACGACCAUAAGGGGAACGGACUCGCCGAGAGGAUCGUGGGAUGGAGUAAACAGAGGGCGCGCACGCUCCUGAGCAGUGCAGAUCUCCCUGUCAUCCAUUGGCCCUCGGCGAUGCAGUAUGCUGCUUCCUUGCAUCAACACCGAGUACUGGGAACAUCACCUCCGGCCUACUUCGGGCAACGAGUGCUGUUUAAGAGGCCUGUCCUUCCUGGCAACCUGAAGCCCUGGAAUCCCUGGUCCCAGGGGCGAUACCUGUCACCGUCCAACAUCGUUACCGAUGGGCAUGUUGUCUUGAAUGAUGAGGGGAAACUUGUGACGGUCCGGAACAUCCGGGCAAACCCAGUCGAUCCCGAGAAAGAAGUCCUGGAUAUGCCUGGCGUUGCUGCCGACUUUGGGUCCGAGUCCAAGCAAGACGACAUUCCUUCAUAUGUCGUGCCAACAGAGCCUUCCGAAGAACGAUACCAACCACCAGUACGUCGGGUUGUAGGAAAGACUCCGGGUGUUAGGUUGGGGGUUGAAGAGCCGCCGCCUGCACCACUAAGCCCGGAAGAGAUUCCUCGUCUCGAUGGAACUAAGAGCCAACCACCUCGGGUUGUAGGUAAGUCUCCGGGUGUAAGGAUAGGGGUUGAAGAGCCGCCUGAGGUCGAGCCGCUGCCGCUCCCUGAUAGUAAGGGGUUAGAAGAGCCUGCACAUCGGGUUGUAGGUAAGUCUCCGGGUGGAAGGAUAGGAACCGAAGAGCCACCUGAGGUCGACCAACCAAGUCCCUUUGCAGAAGGCCUUAGAGUUCGCCCUGACCCACUUCACCUUAGCACAGAUCCAGCGGAGCCUCCUGUCCCUGCGCCUAGAAGGAAGAUUACUGGCAAGACCAAGAUGGCUAAACGCAUCACGGUUGUCCAGCCCUUAGAAGAGAAAGCGAGAAGCCUGCGAGAAGCCUUGUCCUUCUCUCCUGGUGAAGUCGCUACCCUCCUGAAUGAGGCCCUCAACAUUCGUCCCUCCGCCAGCCAUCAAAGGAUUCGGGGCGUUGCUUCGGGUUGCACCUUUGGGGCUUAUGCUAGGGGGUCCAUCAACAAGGGAAUUACCUUGGCGACAGGGGAGAGGCCCGAGCUUACCCGAUACCUCAAUGCCUUUCUGCAACACUCUCUCGGAGACUGUGAGCAUCCGUCCGGAACUCCUCCCACAUGGGUUGCCCUUGCUGUGUUCCGCGCGCGAGAGGUCUCUCCUCAUCGUGACCUUCAAAACGAGAUUGGGUCUUGGAACCAUGCCGUCCAUGUGAAGUGCCCUACCUUGUGGGUUGAGAGUACUCAAGACUCUAACCCGGUCUUUGGAGGAGGAAAGCAAGAGGAAAGCGAGGUCAAGGUUACUUCCGAAAGGGUUUUAGCCGGGAGGGAGGUUCAGUUUCUGGAAGGGGCUGUCACCUUCAAUGCCAGAAACUGGCAUGCCGUGCCUGCAAGUUCAGAUUGGGUCAUUGCGGGUUUCACACCACUGGGAUGGGACCGUGACCUUUCUGAUGCCCUUAGAGGUUUUGGGUUCCCUGUGCCCUCACCGGUGAGGAUUGCAAUGAUCCAAGGAGGAGGGACAUCCUCGAGCUCGGGAGAACUUGCUUCCGACCUGCAAGGCGACAGUGCCGCUACCUCUGGCAUAUCGGGAACAGGUUCCACCCAAGCCUCGAUUCAAGUGUCCUCGCUUGGCUCAACUCCUGAAGAGGGCAUCGAGCUACCUGACAGGCUUGGUGCCAUCAAUGACCCCGACUUAGUUAGGGCCCUGGUUACCCUAAACCUCCAACACCGAGUAGAGGGGUUAGAGGCCUUGGGAGUUGAGGUUGCAAGGGACAUGCUUUAUGUGUACCCAGAAGACUUGCUGGAGGAAGGCUGGUCUCUCGUGGAAACCAGACUUUUCCGUGAGUUGGUUCUGCGGAAUCUUGAGCAAGGGCCCACCACUGAUGCACGUCCUAGUGGUCCAACACCUGCGACCCCGGCUCAGGCUGGGGUACGAGCCAUUGGAGGAAAUGGUUCACGACCUACCUUCAUCCAGGAGAUCCGGCAAAGAAGGCAUCAGAGAGCAGCGGAGGAACGAGCUUCCAAUGUUUCUGAUGAUGCCACGGCCGGGUCGUCCGAACCGCCAGAAGGACGACCAGAUCCUCGGGUGACACCAGCUAUCAUCGAAGCACCGGCCCAAGAGGCAUUCGAUGAGAUCCAGCAGUGGACCCCAAUUCCGCUUGAGGUUCUGCGACUUGCUGAGGAGCUUGGUUCCGAGGCGGAUUUGGUGGCGCGACCUAGUGACAUCGAAUAUGCCAACAACACGUUCGAUGAUAUGGUUCGGGGGUACUUUUGGAAUCGGAAUGGGUUGCAUCCCAUCGUCGCUCGCCUGGCCCUGAGAACCUUCGCCAGACACCGCUGUGAUGUCCUGGGCCUUUCAGACCGUCACCCUGAUGAGGAAGCCCAGGAGGAGUCAACGCUUGAGACUCCGGUGAUCCGAAUGGCCCUGCAUGACCACGAAGACCUUGAAGAACCCCCUCUGGCCAAUGCGCAUUCCUCAUGUUCGAGCCGGAUCCCAGCUGCCUUGCUUUCGCCUGCCUACAUCAUCCUUCAGCAAGGUGUUCAGUUUCCUAAAGAGGUAGACCAGGUGCCACAUGUCUCCGAGGUCCAGGCUUGCAAGGCCGAGCUUUACACCCAUGACAUGGAGGGCAGGCUGGAAGCUCUGCAAGGAAGGCCUCUCGAAACCACUCACACCGUGGCGCCUGCCGAGGUGCGGCGCCAUAAGCACCAUUGGUUUCAGGCUUUCAAGAAGGAACUUGAGUCACUUGUUGGCAAGGGUGCGAUAGAAAGGGUUUCCGGGAAAAGGGCAGCUGAGUUGCUUAAUGAUCCUGAAAGCACUGUGCUCCACGCCAAGGGAGUAUGUACGGUGAAGCCGGGAAAACAGGACGAACCCUACCGUCGAAAGGCUCGGCUUGUCGCUUGCGGAAAUGAAUCCGGCUUUACGGACGCCGACGACCUUUACGCGUCGGGCGUGGCAGUCGAAGGACUGCGGGCCGCGCUCGUCGAGGCAUCCCACAACCAGUGGGGUGCCUAUGGCACCGAUGUGGCCACAGCGUUCCUCCUUGCACCUUUAGGAUCACAGGCGAAGGGACGAAAAUACAUCUUGAGGCCUCCGCAAAUCCUGAGGGACCUCGCCCUCGCCGAGGAGGGCGAGUACUGGGUUAUCCGUAAAGCAAUAUACGGAUUAAGGGAGAGUCCACGAUGGUGGUCCGAAUACCGCGACCAGGCUUUGAAGGGGGUCAAGACAGUGGAUCCGACCACAGGGGAGCUCCUAACCCUGGAACAGGGCCAGGUCGAUGCUAACAUCCUUCGCAUCAAAGGGGUGGGGGGUGAGACGCUGGGUCUGAUGAUCCUCUACGUCGACGACGUGCUCUUUCUCACGACUGAGUCAAGAGCUCGAGCCAUCUACGACUACAUCAGGACAUCCUUGGGUUGGGAACUGGAUCCGCUUAAGCAGGCAACUGAGGAGGAGCCCCUAAAGUUCCUUGGGGUGAACAUACGACCACUUCCCAAGGCCCCCGGCAAGGAGCCGGGCUUCUCCCUGGAGCAGACUGCCUACAUCGAGGAAGUGUUGCAUGCGCAUGGGUUUUCUGGUCACCCUAGCUUGGUUGCAUGCCCGAAGGAACUCCUCCAUGAUUUUCCAAACGAACCUGCAGGCGCUGAUGCCCUGAAGCGUGCGCAGAAAAUCACAGGAGAAUUGCUAUGGAUCAGUCAACGCAGCAGGCCAGAUAUUUCCUACCUGGUGCACACCAUGUGCUGCAACACCUCGAAAUGUCCGGAAAGAGUUUGCGAAAUAGGCCAGCGCCUCCUCAAGUUCCUCGCAGCCACGAAGAAUGUCCGGUUGGAACUUAGGGUUUCCGAUCCCCAUGGAGGUGUUCAGGUUUUCACUGAUGCAAGCUUCGCUCCGGAAGGAGCUCACAGCUUCGGUGGGGUACUAAUUAAGUACAGGGGAGCCACGGUGUUUUGGAAAGCCACCAAGUUGCCCCUAAUCUCCGUCUCCACGGCGGAAGCGGAACUCCAGACCCUAAGCGAAGGGGCUAUCUUGGGCCAAUCCUUCCUUGCCUCACUUCAGGAUGUCACCAAUGACAUGUCGCCACUUCACCUCCGUUGUGACUCUACCGCCGCUAUUGCCCUAGCGGAGGGGUCGUCCAGCCAGAGGACAAGACACCUUAAGGUACGCGCAGCUGCCUUGCGCCAACUUGUCGAGCAGGGGAUGUCCCUAUCCCACUGUCCGGGGGACAUUCAGUGUGCCGAUAUCCUCACUAAGGCUCUUUCGAGUGCUCGCCUGAGAGACCUGAGCAUACUGAUAGGCUUGACAAGGGAGAGUGAGGAGCCAACCGCCAGUGUGCAAUGCCUCCAGGGUUCUGGGUGUUCGCAAGGUUUAGCAGCAUGGGUGGCAUUGCUGAUGUCGUAUGCUGGGGUGAUUUACGGUCAAGAGCAGCAUGAAGGCCAAGCACCUCCGCCUCCACCACCACUUGUGCAUGAGGAUCCGCCCGGGGUCUCGGAUGACACAUGGCUGUAUGUUGCACUAGUGGUUGUAGUGAUAGCUGCACUUGGGGUUUGGGAAUGCCUAAAGGGUGUAGGUAGGGGAGUUUACCGUAGGGUUGAGACCAGGCCCGUAGUCAAGGCCCUUUCCCGCCGGGAAGAGAAGCUGCAGCGAGCUGUGGCUCAAGCCCUUGAAAGGGAAUUGCCAUCCCCUGACACAUCAUCCACCACAAGCAUCGAGAUGCAAGCAAGGAGGAGACACAGGCGAAAACAAACGCCUCCGCCCCCGCCGCCGUGUGAUUCACCUCAGGGCUCUGCCUGUGCAUCUGGGGAUAAUCCAUGGCUUCGCGCUCCUGUUCCACGACCUCCACCGCCUCAUCCACUUCCUCCAACGCCUGCCCGCCCUGCCGAGGGUACCUCGCCUGUGCGCCAUGCCGGGGUUGAGAGGGGUGUUAGGGGGGUUUCGGUUGCGGUUCAAACUGAGCCCGUCCUUGUCUUUGGGGUUGACGAGCAUGCAUACAUGACUCCCAAAGGGAAGACUAUCCAUGAUGAUAUCCAUUGUCGUGCCGGCCUCCAUCAACCCUUGGGUGUUACUGCGAAGACUCCUUGUAGGCAUUGUCUCGGGAGGAAGACACGAAAUGGGUAG